AUGAUGUUUUUACUGCUGGCGGGUUUGAUUGUUCUUGCAUUUGUCCUUCUAUGGCUGAUUAAAAUCUUCAAUAUCAAUAGCAUCCAUACUUUGCGUGUGAUCUCAUCGGAUUUGUACAAUCGUAAACGAUCACAUUGGAUGUUGGAUCUCUUCCAGGUUGAUGAGGUAUCGAGUCAUCAUGGUGGCGAAUUAGUGGCUGCGGUAUUAAAGGCACAUAGGAUAAAAGAAAUAUUUACCUUGUGCGGGGGACAUAUAUCACCGAUCCUGGUUGCUGCGAAAAAUCUUGGCAUUCGAGUGUACGACACACGCCACGAAGCUAACGCUGUAUUUGCAGCAGAUGCUGUUGCACGUUUACGUCAAAGUGUUGGUGUGGCGGUUGUUACUGCAGGACCGGGUUUAACAAACACGGUUACUGCAAUGAAAAAUGCACAAAUGGCGGAAACUGCUGUAGUUCUUAUUGGAGGUGCAGCACCAAUUUUGACGAAAAACCGUGGCGCUUUGCAGGAUAUUGAUCAAAUUUCUUUAAUGCGACCACUGUGCAAAUACGUUGCUCGAAUAACACGUAUAAGGGAUAUUGUAUCGGUUCUCAGAAAAGCCAUUCAUAUCGCACGGAGCGGUACACCUGGUCCGGUCUUUGUGGAGAUACCUGUUGAUGUAUUGUAUCCGUAUAAGAAAAUACUCAGGGAAAUGAAUAUUGUUAGGGCCAAAACUUUCAAACAAGCAAUCAUCAACUCAUACCUCUUAGCACAUAUUUCUCGACAGUUCAGUGGUGGCUGGUCUCUGAAACAGGAUAUGCUACCUAUACCGGUCGAAAUACCACUACCACAGGAUGACGAUAUCAUAAAGCUGCUGAAUCUGUUGUUGAAAUCGAGGAAACCAGUACUGGUUAUUGGUAGUCAAGCUGUUUUAGGUCCCGUUUGUGUAUCUGACUUAGCGGAAGCUGUAAAGUCCAUCAACAUUCCGACAUUCUUAACCGGUAUGUCUCGUGGAUUACUGGGAACUCAUAAUUCUAUUCUUAUGCGCUACAACAGAAAAAUAGCCCUGAAAGAAGCCGACUUAAUUAUUCUUGCUGGUGCAGUAUGCGAUUUUCGUCUUUCAUACGGACGUGAUCUCUCAUCAAACGCUAAUGUGGUUUCAAUAAGUCGUGAUCGAGCGCAGAUGUUAAAGAAUGAAGGCAUAUUCUGGCGAGUUAAUUUAGCGAUCCAGGCAGACGUUGCAACAACCUUAGUCAGCCUUGCUGAAUGUUUAGAUAGAUCUUGUCGUAAGCCUUUAAUGCAAGAAUGGUUAGCUUGUUUGAUAACGAAUGAACGAGAAAAAGAGAUGGAAACUAUGGAGAAAGUGAGCGAGACAUUUACAAGAGAUGGAAUCAAUCCUCUUUAUGUAUUAUCCUUGCUCAAUAAAGUUUUGUCAGAGGAUGCAAUUUUGAUAGCUGAUGGUGGUGAUUUUGUUGGAAGUGCUUCUUACAUUGUGCGUCCGAGAAAACCGCUGCAAUGGCUUGAUCCUGGAGUUUUCGGUACAUUGGGUGUUGGAGCCGGUUUUGCACUUGGAGCAAAAGUCGUUCAUCCGGAUCGUCCAGUGGUGAUAUUAUACGGUGAUGGUUCCUGUGGUUUUUCGCUGAUGGAAUUUGAUACUUUUUCGCGUCAUAAACUUCCUAUUAUAGCGUUAAUUGGCAAUGAUGCUUGUUGGUCACAGAUCGCACGUGAACAAAUUGCUACAUUCAAAAGUUCGAUUGCGGUGAAUCUUCGGUACACACGAUACGAUUAUAUUGGUUCAGCAUUGGGUGCACGCGGUAUACUGAUAUCCAACAAAGAAGAUCUGACAAGAGAACGCUUUGAACGAAUCUUCGAAACUGCAAUGGCUGGCACUUCAGUGGUUGUAAACAUCAUUCUCGGCAAAACGAAUUUCAGGGAUGGUAGCACAUCCGUUUGA